AUGGCCCAGCAUGGAAAUGGGAACGUCUCGGUGGUCCUCUGGAGAGAGUUUGUGCUGGAGGGAUUCAGGGGAGGUGUGGAGACCCAGGCCCUGCUCUUUGCUGUGUUCCUGGCCCUGUACGUGGUGACCAUCAUGGGCAACCUCACCAUGAUCACAGUCAUCACCCUGGAUGCCCGUCUGCACUCGCCCAUGUACUUCUUCCUCAAGAACCUGUCCUUCCUGGACCUCUGCUACUCAUCUGUUUUUGCCCCUGAAGCUUUGACAAACUUCUUGUCUUCCUCUAAAGUCAUCAGCUUUGGAGGCUGUGCAACCCAGCUGUUUUUCUUCUCCUUUCUUGGUACUACUGAAGCUUUCCUCUUAGCUGUGAUGGCCUAUGACCGCUUCAUGGCCAUCUGCAAUCCCCUGCAUUACCCAGUGACCAUGUCCCCCACAAGGUGUGCUGGUCUUGUGCUGGCCUCCUACUGCGGAGGCUGCCUCAACUCGAUCAUACAGACCAGCCUCACCUUCCAGCUCCCCUUCUGCAGCUCCAACCACAUCAACCACUUCUUCUGCGAUGUCCAACCCCUGCUGCAGUUGGCCUGUGCUGACACAGCUCUCAAUAAACUGGUCAUGUUUGUCAUCUGUGGCUGCAUCGCUGUGAGUGCUACAGUGGUAGUUUUGGUGUCCUAUGGCUACAUCACAGUGACCGUCCUCAAGAUGCAUUCAGGGUCCAGGGGACAAAAGGUCUUCUCCACCUGUGGCUCCCACCUCACAGCCGUGACCCUGUUUUAUGGAACCCUCAUUGUCAUAUAUGCCCAGCCAGGGGGUGUGGAGUCCACGGAGCAGGGCAAGUUUCUCUCCAUCUUCUACACCCUGGUCAUCCCGAUGCUCAACCCCCUCAUCUACAGUCUGCGGAACAAGGACGUGAAGGUCGCCCUGCGCAGGCUGGGACAGAGACGGGCGGCCCUGUGA